AUGUUCCGCUACUCCCACCUGAUUCGCUGCGCCGCGCAGCCUGUGGUGAAGGUGUGUCAGGUUGGCCCCGUGGUCACGUUAACUAUCAACCGCCCCACUCAACUUAAUGCCCUCAACAGGGCUGUGUCGGAGAGCCUCAUGGAAAACUUGGAAAAGUACGACAAGGACCACUCGUGCUCCGCGUUCAUCAUCACAGGUGAAGGUCGCGCAUUCGUCGCGGGGGCUGAUAUUAAGUCUAUGAAGGAUCGCACCUUUUCCGAGGGCGUCCUGUCAAGCGACUUUCAAGCAUUGACCCGCAUCCGUACCAUCGGCAAGCCAAUCAUUGCGGCGGUCAACGGUUUCGCUCUCGGUGGUGGGUGUGAGCUGGCCAUGUCCUGCGACAUCAUUGUCGCAAGCGAGGAGGCGAAGUUUGGACAGCCCGAGAUUAAGCUGGCCACCAUCCCAGGGCUGGGCGGCACGCAGCGUCUGACGCGCAUGAUUGGCAAGGCUCGUGCGAUGGAGUGGGUUCUCUUGGGCAACACGUACACGGCGGCCGAAGCGGAGCGCGCGGGGAUCGUGUCGCGCGUGGUGAAACACGAGGAGCUGAUGCCGACGGCCAUGUUCAUGGCGGAGAAGAUCGCAAGUUACAGCCAGAUUGCCGUGAGGCUGGCCAAGAUGGCAGUGAACGAGUCGCAGGAGACGUUGCUCGCGGCUGGUUUGGCGUACGAGUCUAUGGUUUUCAACUCCACCUUCUCUACUCACGACAGGAAGGAGGGCAUGACCGCGUUUGUGGAGAAGCGCGCACCUCAGUUUCAAAACAAGUGA